AUGUUGGAUUUCUUUGCCGACAAAACUAUGAUGGCGGAAGAGCGCCAAGAACAUGGAAAUGAACAAUUUCAACGACAACAGUUACGAUUGAUAAGAAACAACAACAAGAAAGUACCAGGACCGUUGCAGAUAUCAUUGAGGGAAUACUCAGAAUUGGUUCCUUGA